CCGCGAGGCCAAUGGGAGCGCGCUCGCCCGCAUGCUCAACUGAGGCGGCGCCCAAGAUGGCGGCGGAGGGAGAUGUUGCCGGGUAGCAACGUACAGCCCAGCCGCGGCCUGCGCCGACAGGUGUCCUUCUCGUCCCGGGAAGAUGCAUGCGUUUGGAAAAGAAGCAGUGGUAUCUCUGGAGCGGCUCUUGGGGUUUUUCUGCGAGUGCGUACGGCGUGGCGACUGGGAGCUCGCGCGGGCCUGUGUGCCUCAGCUGAGCCGGUGUCAGGGGGGUGUCCCUGAGAAGGUGGAAGCAGUUCUUCAGGCGCUGGUAGCUUGUCCCGAGGGGGUGAGUUGGAGACAGAACUCUAGUCCGUGGAGAACUGCAUGGCUUUGGCUUCUUGUGCUGGAAAAAUGGCUUGCCACAAAUCAGAAAAAUGUUCCAGUUGCUCUCCACAGAGAAACUGAAUUUUUAUUGUUCUUGGAAGAACUACAGAAAGAUGUCUCUGAGGAAGUCCUAAAGGAGCUGUUUGAAGCAUUUGAGUGCACCCAGAACAAGCACAUCACAGAUAGGAAAACAAGAGAUGACUGCUCUCACAGAUUCAGUUUGGAUGUUGUUUCAGCUCUCCGGAAGCUUUUGCUGCGGGCUCCCCAGAGGGCAAAAGCUCUACUGGAGUUCUUCCAGGGGGAACAAGGCACACACAGCUUCUCGCUCCAGCAGUAUUGCUCUCUACAAAACAUCUUUGUUGAUUUUCUUCGUGACUCCUUGAAAUCUCUGCAGAGACUUCAGUGCAGUUCUGAGACUUCAGCUGAACUAAAUCAAAGAGAAUUAGUAGACACAAUUUACACCACUCUUAGCAUAGUGACUUUUGAGGUGGAGCAUCAGGCAGAGGAAGUGCGACACCUAUUCAGGGAGCUCUUGGAUGUAUGCUGGGCUGAGGGAAGCCCUCUGAGGGAGGAGAAGCUGCUAAGCUGUCUGCUGAGGAAACAGAGCCAUGGUCUGAUAAGCCUAUAUAGCAGUGUACUCAUAGAGAGAACAAAAGAAAAAUUCCUGGUGUUAAAAUUGAUACACAGAGGUUCAUCUGAGCAGCUGGAUACAGAACGAACUGUUAUGAGUUUGUUCUCAGAUCCCAAAGAGGCUCCGUCUUGGAAGACAGCCUAUUUGUACUGCUUGAGCAGCAGCAAGCACUUUCUGGAACAGGUUCUGGUGACUGCAUUAACUUUCCUGAAAAGAGAAGACUACUCAGGCCUGAAGAGCUUGUUGAGGAGAGAAUUCAAGCCCCUUAGCCGUCUCUUGGUAUUGCUAGGAUGGACUCAUUGUCAAAGCUUGGAAUCAGCGAAAACAUUGCUGUGGACUUUUCACAAAACUCAGGAUCUGUGCAAUGAUUCAGUAUUGAAAGAUUUCUGUGAUGGCCUGUGGGCUCAGGUGGAAGUCCUUGAAUGGUGCAUACAGCAAAACAGUAUUACUAUCCCAAGGAAGGUUCUUUUGCAACACUUGCACAGUCUAGAUUGUCACACUGCAGUGUACUCCCUUCAUCAUCUCACUAAUCUUCUGGCACUGAACGAAGACGAUGCUAUUGAUCUGCUCCAGAAAGUUCCUGCUAGAGACCAACAGAUGCAGGCAGCAACAGCCCCCAGUGCCCUGAGCCAGCAGCGUGACCUGGCGCUCUUCCGGGCCUUCUGCGCCAUGAAGUACGCGGUCUAUGCUCUCUGUGUGAAUGCACACCAGCAUGCCAAGUGCAAGCACUGCCCACCCAGCCUGACUGCUCACAGCCACAAAGACACAACUGAUGGACAGCCAGCAGGUUGCUCUUCAGUAUUUCCUCAGUACCUUGUGAAGUGUAAGCAGUACUUAAGGAGCAUUCCUGCCCCCCUGCGCCUGGAGGUUAUGGAGAACAUCUUCUCCUUGCUUUUUGUUUCCUACAGUGACCUCCAUGCUGAGACCCUUCUACCUGAGGACUAUGCAGAGGAUGAUGAUCUUGACAAAAAGACUGCUAGUCUGAGUGCAGAAGGCAGUGCUAGUCGAAAGUCUUCCACCUCAGAAAGCCCACAGCGCUUAAUGGAGACCGAAAAGAAAUUAGAGGGGCAUCUGCUGGCUGCUCAGACAGUUCACACACAUACCCAGCAUCUUCAUGACUCAGUGCUGGGUAGCAAAAGCUGUGAAACCUCUGGGCUGAGCCACCUGGAUCUGAAACAUUUUACCAGUGGCGUUACUGGGUUUUUAGUGGAUGAUGUAGCCAUGGAUGGUUUUCUCACAUUACUUCUCAGCCACCUGGAAGAAAUUCAGAGUUCUCUCCCAUGGGACUCCAGUAAUGUGCCUCACAAAGAGCUAGAGCUUGCUGAAUGCUUGAACCUUUCUGCAGGCAGAGAUGCCUUUGGAAGUCGCGUGUUACAGUUUUCCAAAUACCUUUCUGAAGCUCACUGGCGAUUCAAGGUGGUGAUGAGUAACAGGAAUACAGAACAUCAGCUUGCAGCUUCCAGGAGAUACUGCUCUUUAAUCAGGUGCUCCAGCUUUAAGAAACGAAGUAGAUCUCAAAGGUACAAGACAGAUGGGAAAGAGGAAGCUUCCAGUGCAUCAUUAGAAACUACAAGUAGUGAGCUAAGCACCAGCACCUCAGAGGGAAGUACCAGUAAUGUGUCUGGCUCCAGUGGUGUGGAAAGCAGGGUGAGACCACUUCAGCAAAACCCUCUCAUUCCAAUGAUGCUUUCCCCACCGGAAUCACUGUUAGUGUCUUGUGUUUUGAGAGGAAACUUUGUAGAAGCCCAUCAGGUGGCUUUGAUGUUUAAUCUGAAUACUUCACCUUGCUAUGGUGAAUUGGUUUUCAUGGAGCGCUACCAAGAGGCGGUACGAGAAAUGGCAAGAGUGGAGCACAACAUCGAGAAUCAAGCAUCCGACGGUACCGGAAGCAUCAGGAAAUCUGGCAGUGGCCGUUCCACACUGCAAGCAAUUGGGAAUGCAGCAGCAGCCGGUAUGGUGUUUUACUCCAUCUCGGAUGUUACUGAUAAGUUGCUUGCAACUUCUGGAAGUCUUGCCCCUAUUCUGCAAGAAAACUUCUGGAUCAGCAACAUCCAGCUGGAGCAUGGUGAUCCCCUGUGGGAAGUCCUUGAGGACCUCAGUCCUUCAGCAAUGGCAGCAUUUGACCUAGCUUGUACUCAGUGCCAUCUUUGGAAGACGUGCAAACAGCUUUUGGAAACAGCAGAAAGACGACUCUACAGCAGCCUUGAAACCCGGGGCCACCGACCCGACUUUGUUUUACUGCAAUCUGAAGGUGUAAAAGGUUUCCCAGCAGUUCUCCAGCAAAUAAGUAAAAUUCUCAACUACUCCUGUACAUCACAAGGGCCGUCCAAGCAAGAGGUCUCAGAUGAGAAAAUAGGGAGUAAUUUUCGAUGCAGUAUUGUAGACUUUCUUCAAGCGUGCUGCCCUGCCUUGACUGAAGAAAGUAUUUUUAAUGAAAUUGUUUUAUCACAAAAUCUGGAUCAAAUCUUGAAAGCACUGACACAUGUUGAACAUUCUGUGGACUCUAAAGGAAGCCUGCUUAGCACCUUGGUGGAAGAGGCCUCUCUCAAACCAACGGAGCUGGAGAAGCACCUGAUUUGGAAUCAAACACAGAUCCUGCUGAGAACACUUGACCAACACGUCCAGACUCUGCUAGAGAGCAACACACGGACAAAUUUUGUGAAGAUCGUCUUUGAAUAUAUCACUACACUGGCUGCUGUUGUGUUACGAAGCCUGAAUGCAGAGCUGGAUGGAUCUACAGAAGUGAAAGUGGGGAAUCCUUUCAUAUUGUUACAGCAGAGUCCAUCUCAGCUGCUCUCCCAGCUUGUGUUUGAGAGACAAGUUCAUCCUGACAGGCUUUCUUCUCUCUUGGCUAAAGAAGAGUUGAACUUGAAUGUACAGCAAGUCAUUGUUAACUGUUGCUGUGAAGCACUGUCCUUGUCCAGUGCAAGGCAAAAGAGACAGGCAAAGUCUCUUCUGAUCAACAUCAGCAACUUAGCACACCAGUGUGCCUCCCACUGUCUGCCAGAUGUUGAAAUACCUGUUCACAGUUGUGCACUGCCCUCUGAGGAUAUCUCCACCCAGGUUCCAUCUUCUGUGAAUGAGUUGAGCCAGCACACACUCACUGCCACCUCCCUGGACUUCUUAAAGUCUCAGUCAAAGCUAAUGGCCACAGUGGCAUGUCUCAGUGCAUCUAACAUACAGAAAACUCCCAAAUCCAGUCUAUCUUGGAUGGAAUUUCGGGGCAAACGGGAGGUGCCCAUAGGUUUGGAACAGAUUUCCAAGGAGUGUGAGGCAUUGUUGAAAGAGUUCCCAAUAUUGGAACGAUUUGUUCUUGCUAUGUUUGAGCCACUUCAGAAUCAGCAAGAAGAAGGUAGCAGUUUGGCUACUGUCUUUUCUGGCAAGACAUACAUAUCUCUGGUUCUUCUAGGACUGCAUUCCCCUACAGCUGUUAAAGUACUAAUGGGAGUCUUUGAAAAAGCUCUUGCUGCAAAGGACUGGGACAGAGCUCUGAAGGUCUUGGAUCUGUACAGUCAGGAUGUGGAGGAACUGGUCAGUGUGAAGGAUGCUGUGCUGAGCUGUGCAACAGCUGAAGAUAGGCAUGGUUGGCAGCACUUGUUCCCAGUACAAAAUGCAGCGUUGAGAAGUAGGCUGGCCCUGCACUGUCUGGAGAAAUGGCCCCUUGAUGCCUGUUUGGAAAUCCUGGCUUACUGCAUCUCUGAUUUGGGUGUAACUGAUGAACUAAAAGCCAGUUUGCAGAGCAGGAAGAAAGAACUUCAGAUUUAUCAAAAGAUUUUGAAUGUGCAAAAUGAACCAUUGUGGAAUGACUGGCAGGAUCUGAAAAAAGCCUGCACCGAUGACCCCCAGGCCGUCAUGAAUAUAAUUCUGAAAGCAAAGGAUUAUGAGCUCUGUGAGGAAUGGGCACGUUUGUAUCCAGUCCCAAGAGAAGACUUGAUUAACCUUCAUCGUGAGCACCUUCUCCACCUACUGGAGAUGGGACAUGUGGAAAAAGCAUUGCAGCUUUUACAAAGAGUUGAAGACCCUGGUAUUUGCCUUGCCAUCAGUGAACAGUGCCUUGACCAGCAUCCAAACUUGGCAGCUUCCCACUUCUUGGCUGAUUACCUCACAGCUCACUUCUAUGCGAGUCUGACAACGGCACGUUGCAAAGAAAUCCAGGCACUCUACAUAGGAUCAAAGAUGCUGCUGACUCUGCCUGAGCUCUCCCGUGUUAACUACUUCCACCUCUCCUCCAGGCCACUGCUCAUGCUGGAACAGCUCCUAAUGAAUAUGAAGGUGGACUGGGUAGCUGUUGCUGUGCAGACACUGCACCAGCUCUUAGCUGGACAGGAGAUUGGUUUUACGGUAGAAGAUAUUGACAAUUUGCUCUCCAAGUAUGCAGAAAAAGCUCUCAACGUCCCGUUUGCAUUAAAGGAAAAGAGAUCAGAUUCUCUGAUACGUAUCCAAGAAAGUCUCAAUCAGGUAUUGGAGAGUGAAGCACUGUCUAAAUCAGGAUCAUCAGAGCUAUCUCCUAUCAGCUUUACUGGUGUCACCCUAUCUGCAAGCCCCAGAGACAGAAGUCUGCAGCAGAAUUUGUUUCCUCAAGAAUUUGUGCCUCCUGAGAAGCCACCACCAAAGCAACAAUGGAUACCUGAUGACACUGAAACGAUCUGUAUGGUUUGCAAAACAGAACGCUUUACCAUGUUCAACAGGCGGCAUCACUGCCGGCGCUGCGGCAGGCUCGUGUGCAGCUCCUGCUCCACCAAGAAGAUGGCCAUAGAAGCUUGCAGAGAAAAUCUGUCUCGUGUAUGUGAUCAGUGCUACAGCUACUACAACAGAGAAUAUCUGCCUGACUUGAUACAAGACACCAGAAAAGAAGAUCGGGACCAGGUGGAAGAAACUUCGAAUCAUGAGUACUCCUCAGUGGUGCGAGUGCCCAAGGCAACUGAGCUUGAGUGGAUGUUUUCACUGAGUGAAGAGGAGAAUGAAAUUGUGCGCAGUGAAUUUUAUUAUGAACAGGCUCCCAGCUCUUCCUUGUGUAUUGCUAUCCUUAGCUUGCACAGUGACAGCAUAGUAUGUGGCCACCAGCUGAUAGAGCACUGCUCCAAGUUGUCCCAGGGGCUCACUAAUCCUGAGGUGGAUGCUGCUCUUCUUAUGGACAUCAUGAAACAAUUGCUCUUCAGUGCCAAAAUGAUGUUUGUAAAAGCUGGAAGGAGCCAGGAUCUAGCUCUCUGUGACAGCUAUAUCAGCAAAGUGGAUGUGUUGAAUAUUUUGGUUGCUGCUGCCUACCGUCCAAUACCAUCUUUGGAUCAGAUUCUUCUCCCUGCAGCAGUAACAAGAUUAAGAAAUAGACUUCUGGAAGCAGAGUACUAUCAACUAGCUAUAGAGGUUUCUACAAAAUCUGGGUUGGAUCCAGGUGGAGCAUGGCAUGCCUGGGGCAUGGCUUGCCUUAAAGCUGGAAACUUAAGUUCAGCAAGAGAGAAGUUUAACCGAUGUUUAAAGCCCCCCAUGGACCUAAACCAGCUGAACCACGGUUCCAGGCUGGUCCAGGAGGUGAUACAGUACCUGGAGUCCACAGUGAAGCCCGUACUCAUUGCAGAUGAUGAUUUCUUUGCCACAUUGAGGGAACUUGAAGCAACACUGAGAACGAGAAGUCAGUCUCUGGAGAUGAUGUGCGAGGGGAAGAUUCAACACAACAGCUACUAUCAAGAGUGCUUAUUUUAUUUACAUAGUUACAGCACUAAUCUGGCCAUAAUAAGUUUUUACAUGAGGCAUGACUGCAUGAGAGAAGCACUGCUUCACUUGUUGAAUAAGGAAUCCCCAUCAGAAGUGUUCAUUGAAGGGAUCUUCAUUCCAAGUUAUGAAAGUGGAAAGCUGCAUAUGUUGGAGAACUUGCUGGAAACCAUUGAUCCAGGGUUGGAAAGCUGGGGAGUCUAUUUGAUUGCAGCUUGCAAAUACUUGCAGAGAAAGAACUACUACCAUAUUCUGUAUGAGCUGCAGCAGUUUAUGAAGGAUCAUGUUCGUGCUGCCAUGACCUGCAUUAGAUUUUUCACUCACGGAGCAAAAUCUUACACCGAACUGGGAGGCAAACAGACAUGGCUUCUAAAGAUCAAGGACCAUCUCAAAGUCUAUCUGCAGGAGGUCUCAAGAAGUUCAGGAAGGAAAAAAAUGGCAUUGACUUUUCGGAAGAAAAUGUCGGCUACAGAUGUGUCAAGGCACAUCAGUACAGUUGAUCUGCAGAUGGAAGUAACAAAGUUCCUGCAUCGAUGUGAGAGCUCAGGAACCUCUCAAAUGACAGGUUCCUCCUUGCCCACUCUCUUUGGAAACAAUAACAUGAAAAUGGAUGUUGCUUGCAAGGUCAUGCUGGAAGGCAAAAACAUUGAGGAAGGGUUUGGAAUUGCGUUUAGAGUCCUUCAGGACUUCCAGCUGGAGGCUACAGAAGUGUACAGCAGAGUGGCCAAGCAGCUGGUGAAGCUGCAGAAGUACAGUGAGAUCCGACGGCUCCUCAAGUGUGUCAAUGAGUCUGGAGUUGCAGCAAAAAAUGACGGGGAUAACAUUAUCCUAAACUGUCUGAAUGAGUUCAAGAACAUUCCUGCUGAGGAUCUCGAUAAUCUGAUUCAGGAUAUGGACAGUGAUGAAAACAAGGUGCAGGCGUACGUGCUGUGCAGCAAGCUGCGCUCCGCAUACCUGGUGUCGGUGCGGCAGGAGAGGGGCCGCGCGCUGCAGCUAGUGCAGCACGUGCGGCAGCUGGCCGACAGCGCCGGCGACCACGUGGUCAAGGCCAUCUGCGCGCAGUGGCUCGCGGGCCACCAGCCCAGGGCCAGGCCGCGGCUGCCACCGGGCGCCAGUGAGUAGCUGCCUGUUGCCGGUGGGGAGGCUCUGGCACGGCUGACAGGCGCCCGGGGCCGGCAGCCUGUGCACGAAGUGGACAUCCCUCAGCUGACGCUGGCGGCAAAGAGAUGCUGUGAACGUGCCUCUGGUGAAGGGAAGGGAACUAAAUUACAAGUGCCAGUCCUGUGCUUUGACAAACAGUCGCUACCUCAGGGUGGUUCUUGGGUAUCUUUCUGAUGGGGGGGUGGGGGGAAGGGAGCAGUUUCAAACUGAAGAAGCAAGAACUUAAUGUAUGGAAGAGGACACUUCUGUUGCUGGCUCAGGGUUUGGUGGGAGGGGUGUUGAUCAAUUUCUUUGAAAGGCAUCAAACCUAAUUGUAUUAUUUUAUUUUUAACCCAGAAAAUGUAUACAGAGAGGACAGAAAAAUCUCAUCAGCUUAGUGUAGCCUGGAGUAUACAACCUGUUCUGAUGAUGAGUCUCCUGUAAUUGGAGAAAUCUUUUUCUUACAAAGACUGAAAUUCAGAGAUUUUUUUAAAGCCUCUAUACAAACUACUGCUGCUCUUUUUCUCUCCCCUCUAGUACAACGUGCCCAGUUUCUUUAGUUCAUUGAAAACGUAGGAACUGAUUCUUCAUGGCAGGUUUCUACUGCUCAGUCACCCUGUCUGAUGGGUGCCACACAUGUGGCACCUGAGCCCUUACGGGAUGGAUGAAGUGGUAAAGGGCACAUCCUGUAAGGGAAGUACAAAGGGAAAAGAAUCCUUUAAGUCACAUACCUCUCUCCAUGCUGUGGCAAUACCCAAUACGUCCUUGAGAUGCAGCUUUAUCACUAAGCCAUCUCCAGUAAACUUCCAAAGCUUUUCAGUAGGUAUUGCAGAAAACAUUCAGGGAGCCAAGCUAUGGUAAAAUUCAACAAGCAGUCUGUGUUCCUGUCACACAGGCAUUUACUUGUUACUUAUCAGAAUAAUCUGCCCCUGCCACGUAUAACAGAACACCAGGCUGAUUCUUUAUUAACUGGACGUACUGUAUAGACUAUACUGACAGGCUUUGCUCUCUGAGUGUUAGGCUAACUCGGUUUUGUGGAAAACCAGGAAUCUUUGUGUAGUGGCUGUGUUCAGAGAUGCUGAAAAAGGGCAGCUGCUUCCCUGCAACUGUGACUGAGGCAUGGGAAAUUGGCAGAAUGGCAGACAGUGGCAGGGCCUUCAAAACACAAGCUAGAACAAAAGACAGUACUCCAGGCGAGUUUGUGUUUGCUGUUUACAUGUGUUUCUGCACAAGUGGGAAAACUGGUUUGCUUCUUUUGUUAAAAAGUUGUUUACUUCAGAAGAAACAAUAGGUUUUCUUAAGUGUAAUAGAACUAUAAAUAGUUUCAGUACAUAUAAUUGAGACUGUCAAGCAAGAGUUUUGCACUAUCCCCCAGCUCACCGUAGUGAUAGAAUAGAGUUCCAUGGUGCUGGACAGGACCCGGUCCACUUCCUGUAGUGCUUCAUAAGCAGUGCCCCAAUGACACAAACACCUCCUGGGAGGUGAUCCCCUCACUAGGGCAGGGCUGGAAGUGUCUCGGAGAGAAGCUGUCAAAAACAACCAUGUUUAGCUUUCAGAAUCUCCUGACCACAGAUUUGCAUUAUCUCAUCAGUGAGCAGUGCUAAUGAAAGCUGCUUUAUUUUCUUGGCCAGACUGACCUGGCUUUCCCCUAGAUGACAGCCAUUAGGCUAAUCCUAAACUGUGACACUAUUCAUGUUCUCGGUCACUUCCACCUCUGAUUAUGGGGAGGACGUUUGUUUGUGGGUGUCCUGAUCUGCAUUGCUGCAAUACCUCCUGUUCUGCUCGAGUUCCUCAAGCUGUACAGAGCACAGGGAAUGCAUUUUGCCACACAGACCAGUCAGUUCUGUACCUGCCUUUCUUCCUGACCUCUUUGCACUGUACCCAAUGCACUUUAUGUAGUCUUUGCUGUAAUUUGAUGUUUCUUAACCUAGAAUCAUAGGGAUCUUUCUCUUACCAGCAUAACUGGAAUUUUGAUCCUGACUAACUGCCUUGUGUCACGAAUAGUGCAAUUACCAAGGGGCUUUGAGUUUCUGAGCAUCAAAAAGGGAUUGAGUACUGCCAGUUAAAAAGAACUUCUCUAUUAAUGACCAAAGUUUGUUUACAAUGAAAAAAGAAUAAAGUAUUACGACUGUUGAUGUA